AUGAUGUAAAUAGAUACUUGAGUUAAAACAAUAAAUUGAAUUCAUUAGUCUCUUUGCCCAAUAAUUAUAUAUUCAGAGAUAAAGUAAUAGAAGAACUUCAGACAUUAAUUAGAAAUGGUUAAUUAAGUGAAGCCAAAAUAGAUGGAUUAAAAGGAUAUAAUAGGGAUGAUAAAAACUUAAAAGCAACAACCUUAAAUUUGAACAAUAUAAAUAAAAUUUGGCCUACACUGAUUAGAUUUUAGACUUCUUCAUUUGGAGUGGAUAGAUUUAGUUAACAGAUUGGAAGAGGAUAAUUAUGCAAGAAUAUUUGGAGGACCAAUCUAAACACAAGGUCAUUUAUUGAUUAAAUGUAUAUUGAAAUAAUACCUAUUUAAUCCUUAUUAUGGGGUUGCUCAAAAUAACAAAGAAAACGAUUUAAAAUAUAAUCGUUUAACCUUAACCUAUUCAACAUAUUAUUAAUUUAUGGUCAUUAUUUGAUUUUGAUCAAUCCACCAAAACUUGUCUUCACAGAAACCAAUUUCAGAAAAUAUUAACUAUUAAAAUAUAUUUGUUAAUCUGAAAUCUUAAAUCAAUAAAGUUAACAAUAAUUCAUUGAUGAUUUUAGAAAUAAAAAUCUGACUGAAUUCUACAAAUCAGAACCUGCACCAGAAUAUGUUGAAAAUCAGCAUAUUUAUAAAAUUGUAGGAUCAAAAUUUUCAUAAGAAGUUCUUAAUAGAGGAAAGAAUGUGCUAUUAUUAGAAAAAACUAAGAGUUGUCUCAUGAUUAUUUUUAACAUCUCAAUUAAUUCUCACUUGUUUAAAAUAGGAACAAAAACAAGAUUGCUCAUAUUGAUCUUGCAACAACGAACAUCCAAAUAUAACUAUUGA